AUGUACUUGAUGAAGUGUUCAAAAGAUCCAAAGCACGGGUACACACUGCAAAAGUUAUGUCCCAAGUGCCAAGAGCCGACUGUAUCGGCGCAUCCGGCACGGUUCAGUCCAGAUGACAAGUUCUCGAAGCAGCGGGUCACGCUGAAGAAGCGCUUUGGGCUGUUGCCGACUCAGCAGCCUCCCGAGGUGUUCUGA